AUGUCUCACGGGCCAGGUUCUCAGCAGCGCCAGCAUGUGGCUAGCCUUUUUGGCUUUGGCGCCAUGGGCGCCGCCGGCUCCGAUCUGCCGCAGUCGUGCAUGCAGAUGACGGGCGACCCAAACGACAUGAUGUCGCUGCUAGACGGUUCCAUGUUCCCCCAUUUUGACCCAAUGUCAAUGAACCUCGACGUCAGCGACAUGGCGUCGCAAUCCUACGCCCCACCCGAGCCGCCCGCCUCCACCUCCGCCCAUAGACUGGCCGCCGGCGGACGCGGCGAGCCGCCAUUUUCCCCAGACGACACGGUGUCGGGUUCCGGGUCGCUGCACGCGGCGAACCUAGCUCCGGCGGGUGCCGCCUCGGGCCCCGGCGUCAACACGCUGACUGAGUUCACCAAGCGCCGCAACUGGCCUGCCAGGGUUGUCGAAGAGCUGCAGGACUUUCUGCAAAUACUAGACCCCAAUGGGCGCAUCAAGCAUGUCUCACCCAGCGUGGAGCGCUUGACCGGCUGGAAGGCCGCCGAGAUCCACGACCGGUUCUUGAACGAGCUGAUACACCCCGACGACGUGGGCGUCUUUACUGCCGAACUGAACGAGUCGAUAGCGUCGGGCAGCCCACUGCGCCUCUUUUACAGGCUCAGGAAGAAGGAUGACAGCUAUGCCAUCUUCGAGACUGUCGGCCACGCCCACAUCGCCGCCGCCAAAUUCGCACCCAACCCAAACAACCAAUCGCCGUUUUGCCAGGCCGUCUUCAUGAUGGGCCGGCCAUACCCGACCAAGAACGCGGGGCUCUUAGACUCGUUCUUGGAGCACAAGAUCGAGAACGAGCGCCUGAAGCGGCGCAUCGCCGAGCUCCGGAAAGAGGAGGCCGACGACGUCGACGAGUCGCAAAGGACGUGGCGCCAAAGCCAAGAGGGCCGCUCGGACCUGACACCCUCGGAGGAUGCGUCGCACACGGUUGCGACGCCCUUCCACCACGCGGCUAGCCCAGACACGACGAUGCUGCCGCCCGAAAGGCCGACCUCGCUCAACGUUGCUCUGACGCGCGAGAACCUCGAGGGCAUCGCCGGCGGGCGGCCCGACUCGAUCAGAGAGAAGAUGGCCCGCUACGAAGGCGCAUCGCACGUCGAGACGAUCGAGAGGCUCACCGGCCUCCGGUAUCAGGAGGGAGAGCGGAGCCGUGGGAUCACGACGGGGAAUACGAGCCCGACGCUGAUCAGGGGCGACGCCGGCAUUGCCAUCCCGAUGGACCGAGACCCGCGCACGGGGGAGAAGAAGAAGAAGCUCAAGGUUGCCGAGGAAUACGUCUGCACGGAUUGCGGCACGCUCGAAUCACCUGAAUGGCGGAAAGGGCCCAGCGGCCCCAAGACCCUCUGCAAUGCCUGCGGUCUCCGCUGGGCCAAAAAGGAAAAGAGAAAGGGUAGCAGCAGCAACGCUCUCGACACUCUUAGCUAA